AUGUCAUCUUCGUCGGCCGGUGGCGGCGCGGCUGUGCCGUUUGGCGGCACAGUCCCGGGCGACAUCGGGAUGCUGGAGAUGGUGAACGUGAAGAAGCUGCUGCAGUCACGCUGCGUCGAGAUAGAGGAACUAUUCACGGCACUGAAACGUGGUGAAAAGCAGGAUCGAGUAUUCCAGAGGUUGCCCUUCGCGCUUAGGCGGCGAGCCAUGUCUCACAAUCCGUUUCGGGUUCCUAAGAGGCUCAGGCUCCACCUAGCUCGCGAAAUGGCUAAGAGCAUGCCAAAAUGCGCGAAGCGACUUAGGAAGGACGUCCGCAGGCGUUUGAAUAGGCUCGAGGAGUAUCGCACUCGAUGCGAGCGGAACAAUUGGCUGGAGACGCACAUGUACCACGCGAAGCGUUUCAAGAUGGAGAGGCUCUGGGGCUACCGAAUGGCCGUUCGUACCACCCAGAAGUGCCGUCGCCGUUGUUUACGUAAUUCGAUGAGGCGCUGCGUAAUUCAUGAUCUGUCCUACGUGCUGGUUGUGAGCGUUUCAGGUUGCAUGCCUGCCCUCCGACGUGCAUUUAAAAACAUGUUUGCCGAUUCGUCUAUUAUGUUCCAAGAUCGAUUGAUGCAGGGCGAGUACAGGUCUCAGGCAUUCGCAUAUGCUAAGACUGGGGACAGUUAUCACAUGAUCUGCCCUGUCCAGUUCGUGUGGAUCACGCCAUCGGCAACGGUAGCAGUAUCGGAUACGGGGGCCGACUACCGUGAAGUAUGGUUCUUCGUACAUCCAGCUUCAUUAGAAGAGUUUAUGGAGACAGCUAGAGCUAGUGAUACUGAAGUAGUCUGUCGGAUGAUCAAGGAUCUCUGCACUUUCGAAGUUUUGGGUCCCCUUUCCGCUUUGCUGCUGCGUAGAACGUUGAAGGCCGACGGAUCUCUUACAACGGGCAAUUCGCAGUGGAAACAAUUGGAUCCGGGGAAGUGCGAUAUGCCGCCAUCGUACAUUCUACCUUUGAGAGUGAUGCCCCCCGUGGUACACGGCAACUCUCGACCCUCGUUCAAAUUCGAAAGCAUGAGAAGCCAGCCUUUUAAAUCGCAGCCAUUCAUGGCACAAGCCGUUUGUGCAAAUGAGCGUAACCACUUGACAACGUUCAAAAAGCCCGAAAAUUUUGCUAUUGUUACCAAGGUGAAUGUACCUCGCCUGCGUCGGCGAAACUACGGCCAGCUGGUGUCGAAGCUACUGGACACCCUCAACGUAAGGUACCCAUAUGAGAGUCGCCCGGCAACCGUCGAUCGAACAGAUUCGUCUGCUUCGAACAUGGACGAUGUCGUUAUGGACGCCCAUUCAGAUGCCGAACAUACGAAUGUAGCAUCAUCUCAGGACCACGUGUCUAAUAUCCAGCAGCCAAGCGCAACUUCUCAAGGGGCAUGCACUGACGGCGAUUUAGCAAGCUCCAUACCAAUAUGGCUAAUUAGAAGGGGCGACGCCAUCGGAGGUUUUGAUGUUGUUAUGCCUGCCGGUACCAUAGCUCGUAAGCUCUGGAUACUGUUAAAUCGGUAUGGCGCGCUUGGAAUCGGCCUUCAAGAGCGCGAGAUGCUGUAUGCGCAGCACGGGCAGUGCAUGUUUCCGCAGGACUACCCCGAAACCUUGGGUGGGCAACAACUCAUGGAGGCGCAGCAGGCGCAUGAACUACCCGAAGAGUGGAUCCCCAAGUCUUUUGUAGGACGGAUGGACGGCAGCUACAUGCAAUCAAGGCACUUGUUGUUGAGCUGCAUUACUGCGGGGCUGCACAGGGUCGAUGCUGAUGUUGACCAAUCGAUGCAGAUCUUGAGGGUUAAUUGCUUCCCGUACAGUGCAUCGAAUCAAUACGUAAAGCAUCUACUAGACACGUGUGUGUUUGCCGAGCAUCGCAAGACAACGCCAAUCGAUCAACACUUGCUGCUCUCCUGCUGCGUCAAGGUGGCUGGGAGAGGUUCCAUUUCAGCUGGCAGUCGUAUAUAUCUGCCUACGCAGGCUGACUUGGACAGAAACCAUCAGUUUGUUGGUGUGAUUGUCUCAGGCAAUUUACCCGCCCCCAUCUCACGAUGUAUUGGUGCAAACAAUACCUCGUCGAGGUUUAGACCAAUUUCCACACCAUCGAAUGCCCGGGAUUUGAAGCUGCCUGAGGUUAUAAAAGAACCUCCACAUGAAGAAUAUAAGCUAAGGAAUCUUAAAGGGUUUUUUGCGUGUAGUGGGAGACGCAAGAGGGUUGACCUUGAAACUGCAGUUGCGGGAUUGAGGGAGCUAGACAGGUGCCGUAGAAAGCCUCUGCGAGCUUGUAUCGGCGCAGUGACAUCACGAGGUUUCUCUCAUAAAGGAAAUUGUGUCGUUCAAAUGCGCGCAUUCAUAGAGCUGAUGCGUUGUAGCAUAGCCCCAAAGCAGUCAACAGAAGCGAAUGUAGCGCUUCUACAGAGUUUGAGGCUGUUUGUCUGGUUGCGUAACAACAACAGCGCCGACUACGUUGCUGGAAUCCUGUCGAUUGCGGUCCACGAUAAUGUAGGAAGCUUCUCAUAG